AUAAAUUCUUAAAUUACAUUUGUAUUUUUAAUAAAGUAUAUAUUCCGUAUAUUAGCAUGUAUUCAUUUAAUUUAAACUAUAGAGAAAGUAAAUUAUAAAAAGGGAAAGGGUCCAUAAAUAAAAAAAAAAAUACUAAAAAAAUAACACCCAAGCCACAGAGAUAUAAAACGAUGCUUCCAUCUUUGUUCACAAAUCUCUCUCUUCCUCUUUCAAAUCUCUGACCAUUUAUCUUCCUUUCUCAUUUUUCUCUCUCCUCCUAUUUCUGCAAAAAUUAAACUAAAAAUCCCCAUUUUUCUCUCUCCUUUUGUUUUUCGUUGAAGGGUAAAAUUGUCAAAAUUUUGUUGCAGAGAUCCGUUGGAGGAAGAAGAAAGAGGGGUUUUUGAAAAUAUAUGAGAAAGGUUGAGGUCUUACGAAAAGACUCUUCUGCCCUUCUAAUUCGCCGUCGUUCUCGCUGGGGUAAAUGCGGCUGAUUUCUUCUUCUUGAAAGAUAUAGAGAGAGAGCUAGAAAAACGGAAACCCAAAAAGAAAACUUUAAAAAGGGAAAAAAAGAAAAAUAAUUUUUUUAUUUGGUGGGGUUUAUUAUAAAAUAAAUUUGAAUUUUAGGGUUCUUGAAUUUGAUCAUCAACAAGAUGCAGCAAGAUCAGCGCAAGAAGCAGGCUGUAAAAGAACCAGAAUUCUUCACUGACUAUGGUGAAGCUAACAGAUAUAAAAUUCUUGAAGUUAUUGGAAAGGGAAGCUAUGGAGUUGUUUGCGCUGCUAUUGAUACACAUACAGGGGAAAAGGUGGCCAUUAAAAAGAUAAAUGAUAUCUAUGAGCAUAUCUCUGAUGCUAUCCGAAUCCUGCGAGAAGUAAAGUUGUUGAGGCUUUUGCGGCAUCCUGAUAUAGUUGAGAUCAAACGUAUUAUGUUGCCACCAUCUAAGAGAGAUUUCAGAGAUAUUUAUGUUGUCUUUGAGCUUAUGGAGUCUGAUCUUCAUCAAGUCAUCAAAGCUAAUGAUGACUUGACCCGUGAACACCAUCAGUUUUUCCUCUAUCAAAUGUUGCGUGCUCUAAAAUACAUGCAUACAGCUAAUGUCUACCAUCGAGAUCUUAAGCCCAAGAACAUACUGGCUAAUGCCAAUUGCAAACUCAAAAUUUGCGACUUUGGUCUGGCUAGAGUAGCAUUCAAUGACACUCCUACAACUAUAUUUUGGACGGAUUAUGUUGCUACAAGAUGGUAUAGGGCGCCAGAACUUUGUGGAUCAUUUUUCUCUAAGUAUACUCCAGCCAUAGAUAUUUGGAGCAUUGGCUGCAUCUUUGCUGAGGUAUUGACUGGAAAACCGUUGUUUCCGGGUAAAAGCGUGGUUCACCAGUUGGAUAUAAUCACAGAUCUUCUGGGUACGCCAUCACAUGAUGUUAUAUCUGGGGUCCGCAACGACAAGGCUCGCAAAUACUUGACCGAUAUGAGGAAAAAGCAGCCUGUUCCUUUCUCUCAUAAAUUUUCAAAUGCGGAUCCCUUAGCAUUGCGUUUGCUACAAAGAUUGUUAUCUUUUGAUCCAAAGGACAGACCAACUGCUGAAGAGGCACUAGCCGAUCCAUACUUUAAAGGCCUAUCCAGAGUUGAGAGAGAGCCUGCAUGCCAGCCAAUCUCAAAAUUAGAGUUUGAGUUUGAGAGGCGAAGGGUGACUAAGGAUGAUGUUAGGGAACUGAUUUACCGAGAGAUCCUAGAAUACCAUCCUCAGUUGCUCAAAGACUACAUGAAUGGAAAUGAAGGGAGUAAUUAUAUCUAUCCUAGUGCUAUAGGUCAGUUUAAAAAGCAGUUUGCGCAUCUUGAAGAAAGUGCUGGUCGAAGUGGACCAGUCAUCCCUUUAGAGAGAAAACAUGUUUCCCUUCCAAGGUCCACGGUACACUCUAGUACCAUACCUCCCAAGCCAUUGGCAUCUUCACACAAGGACCAUCAAGCUAAAGAGGAGAUGAGACCAUCAGAAAGUUAUGGAAAUUUAUCAAGCUCUAUAAGACAGCCACCAAGAGUCCCACCAGCAAGACCAGGAAGAGUUGUAGGACCUGUUGUUGCAUACGAGUCUGGCAGAAGCAUGAAGGAUGGCUACGAGGCUAGAGUAUCUAUGCAAAAUGCAGUAUUACCACCACAGACAGCCUCACCACAGUAUUACAUCAGGCCCAACAUCCAGCCAGCCCAAUCCAAGCCAGGUCUUGGGGCUGGAAACGAACAAGGCCACGUUUCAUGGGCUAAACAGCAACAGCUGCCUGUACAGCCAACCCAUGAAGUUACUAUUGACAUCAACACUAACCCUUAUCAUCACCCUCAACCCAAGUCGGACCAAUAUAGUAGCAGAGUAGCCCUUGAUGCAAAGAUAAUGCAAGCUCAGUCGCAGUUUAGUGCUACAGCUGUAGCAAUGUCAGCUCAUCGAAAUGUGGGUACUGUUCAGUAUGGAAUGUCAUGAAUAAUGCUAACAAGUGGGCUUUGGUCUUACCUUUGUAUUAAUGGGCAUUGUGCUGGGGCUGUCUAUCCAAGAAGGUUGAGGUUUUAUGACCUCCCUUUCCAUGGAUUGUUAAUUAUGCCGGAAUUAUGUAGUGUGUCAACAUCAUUUGAGCUGUACGAUUUCAGUAGAUGCUAGAUCCUUUUUAGCUAAUAUUUCCUGCUUUGUUAUAGACACUUAGUAAGUUAGUACAAGUAAAUAAAUAAAGUUAUCAAAAUUUGAGAAGAGUCGUGUUGUA